AUGAUGACCUCACCUAUGAAGUUUGUAACUCCUCAAGGGGCGGCUUGUCAAAGUUCUUCGACGCAUACCAAUUCACUUUCAUCAAGAAACCCAACGCCAACUCCUCAAAAACUGAAACUCAGCUGUGACCCUUGCGCCAAGCUCAAGGUUGGCUGUCCGAGGCAGCAGCCAGAAUGUGAACGCUGCAUCAACAAAGGCCGGAAAUGUGUCUACUCAUCCUCUCAGCGUGGAGGCAGAAGAAGACAGCGAAAAAAGCCAGAGAAUAUCAAUUCAAAGCUCGAACAAGCUCAGACGAACCCAGGAAUAUCACCGACUAUAUCAGCAAAUACCAAUAAAAUGGAUUCACUAUCGCCUUCCUAUGUUGAUGGGGGUUUUGUUAUCCCUGCUCUCGAAUAUGCGACCACACCAACUGUUUUUCACACGGAACCUGAUCCCAUUUGGCCAUCGGUAAAUGACAUCUUAUCAAAUCUUGCACCAUGCCAGAGCGGAAGCGGCGUCGUUCCGCCAAAUGAACAGCGUGUUGCAGAGUCACAGCUCACAUUUCGCACCAACACAAUCGAUUCCCACCUUUGGCCUCCUCUGCCGGAGCCAGAAUGUGCCAUUGAAGAAGAAUCAGAGUCUGAGAGUGAAGAUUUGCCAACUCCACGAAAGGACAUCGAGGUGGCAACCUCCAAAGCCGUUGAGGACGCUCUCCUCUUCAACCCAACUACCACACCGUCUUCGCUGCCAGCAGCUCCGGGUAGCUGCUUCCGCCGAAUAUGUGAGGCUUUUCAAAUGCUCAAGAAGCAAUCUGCUACCAAUUGCAUGUUUGGAGCUCCAGAUUCACACCCCGACGAAGAGUCAAAUGCUCUCUACCGAAAUAUUGAAUACAUUCUGGAUAGAACUGAGAGGGCUAUCGAGGAAGCCACUAUCAUCAUGAAAUGCCCAUGUCACACAGACUCUACAAUCAGGUGUGCAUUGACCCUCUUAUUGUUCGAAAUCAUCUCCUGGUACGAUACUGGAGUUAAAGAGCUGAAAGCCCAUCGAACCCAAAAUCCCUGUCAGCCUCGGAACGGUGACAAUGGCGGACCUGAAAGUCCGAGUUCUACUUCUUCAGACCGAAGUUCAAUGUCGAUUCCUCCCAUUCUGAUUGGGAGACUGAUGCUUGGUCACGAUGAGACCGUGGGAAUACUCGCACAUCUGAUACUGUCAAAGAUCAAAAAGAUUCGCGCAAUGGCACAGGAUUUGACUACGACAGGUAUUGUAGAGGUGCAAGGGGAGUCAUUGCUGGAGAGUUUGGUGGAAAGUUUUGAGGAGCUGAGGUAG